ACCCACAGCCGGCUGUGCGGUGCCGGUGGCAGCAGUGGGGCCGGGGGGCCCGGUGCCCCACCCCGCGUCCCGGCAGCCCUACAGGCGCGGCGCGGCGCAGCCAUGGCGGUGGUGUCGGUGAACUGGAGGGCCGUCACCUCGUGGGUGGGCAUCGCGCGGCUCUUCGCCGUCCUGCUGUCCUGCAUCUCCUUCAGCCUGGUGGCCUCCACCGGCGACUUCGCGGGGCCCUACGGGACGUGGUGCAUGUUCAGCUGGUGCUUCUGCUUCGCCGUCACGCUGCUGGUGCUGCUGCUGGAGCUGCUGGAGCUGCACCCCAAGCUGCCCGUCUCCUGGGACGACCUGACGGCCGCCUUCGCCAUGCUGGCGGCCCUGCUGGUGUUCACCAGCUCCGUGGUGUUCCCGUCCGCCUUCAUCUCCAGCCCCUGCAGCGGCGCCCGCUGUGCACGCCAGGCGGCCGCCACAGCCAUGUCCUGCCUCUGCUUCCUGGCCUACGCCCUCGAGGUGGGGCUGACCCGUGCCCGCCCGGGGGACAUCAGCAGUUUCCUCUCCACCGUGCCCGGCUUGCUGAAGGUGUUCGAGGCUUACGUCGCCUGCCUCAUCUUCUCCCUGCUGGAUUACUACGCUCAUGCCGGCUUGCAGUGGUGCGUGGCCGUCUACUCCAUCUGCUUCAUCGUCACGGUCCUCAUCAUCCUCUUAACCAUCGGCCGCUGCCUCAGCUACAUGCCCUGCCCGCUGGAGAAGGUGCUGGUGGCUUACAACGCCCUGGCCCUGCUGAUGUACCUCACCGCCGUCAUCGUAUGGCCGCUGUACAGCUUCAACGGCCGCAGCCGGCCCAACCCCUGCAACUCAGACUGCUGGUGGAACAAGAGCCUCGGCGUCACCUUCCUCACCAUCUUCAACUUCCUCGCCUAUCUUGUGGACCUGGUCUACUCCACCAGGAUGGUCUUCAUCAGGGCUCCUUCCUAAUGGGUGGGGGGGCGAGGGGAUGCGGUGCCGCGUGGGGCCGGGGGACGCGGAGCUGAGGAAGAGGCCGAUGCCUCGGAAAGCUCCGUCCUACCACUGCUGUGGGGUGCUGGGUGCUCCGGGGGUCUGUGGGGGG